AUGAGUGAAACUCUAGCAAUUGCCGACGAGAACGCAGGCGAGUACUCUUUCGGUGGUCGAGCUGAGACUCUCCCACCUGCACCCGGCAUUCUCGUCAACGAAAUUGGCAAUACACCACUACCGCUGGACGAACCACAAGCCCAGAAGCUGAUCGCGAAAUGUAAGAAGUCCCCGUUUGGUCACGGCAUGGACACGAAGAUGGACGAGAACAUCCGCAAGAGCUGGCAACUGGCACCAGACCAAGUGGAGAUCAAGAACCCACUUUGGCAGACUGGGAUUGACGAUUUGACUGAGAUCAUUGCCAGUCGACUGGGGUACAAGGGCGGGCCGCUCCAGUGUGUGCUCCAUAAGCUGUUGGUGUAUGAAGAGGGAGGACAUUUCCUUAAGCACCAAGAUACGGAGAAGGAGGACGGCAUGAUCACGACCUUGUGGUUCAGCCGCCCAGCACGCACGAGGGAGAUCGAGCACCGCCAUGAUUUUGGGAGGAGCACCGGCUCCGCCCCGUUCUUCUGUCACUAUGUUGUGCACUAUGCGGAUGCGGAGCACGCGUUGGAGAACGUGACGAAGGGGUUUCGCCUCGCUCUGGUCUACUCCAUUUGCUUGCCGGUGUCAAUGCGCCACCUCCAUCGAGAUCCGAACCGGACGCUUGGCGAGGAUUUAGUCGAUGUGAUCAGUUCAAUGGGGAAAGAAGACGAGUCGUUUGCGUUGCUGUUAUCGCACGAGUACACCAAGAAGAACAUUGGAGAGCUAGGCGCCGGAGCUCUGAAAGGAGUCGACAGCGCAAGAUUCCGAGCGCUUGAAGAAGCCAACCAAGUUGUGGCUGACGACAAGAAACUCCGUUUCUUCAUUGCCAAGCUGAUAUUGAAGGAAAACAACAUGCUGGACGAAGAAGGUUGGCGACACUGUGGUCGUAACCAAGCUCUGCACUGGUACUCUAUCAAUGGAAAAGACGUCGGACACUGGGACGACUAUACGCUAAAAGUAUAUCUGAAUUUUCUCAACCCUGGAAAAGAAAGCUUUAUCCAGCUCUGGAAAGCCUAUGGAACCGCCGAAGAUGUGUACACGGGCAAUGAUGGGCCCAUUAAAAGCACCAGUUUUCACCUUGAAAAUCUCUUGAACCUCGUCUCUGAAGAGGUUGCCGUGGAGGAAUUACUCUCUCGUCGACCAGUUGAUGCUACGGUGCUACGAAACUUUCUUGACAAGCUUUUGCUGGAUGUUGGUGAUGUGGACCUGGCCAAGUUGUUCCUUUCGACCUAUUGCCCCUAUUUGGGAGAUGACGAAACACCAGGAGAGUCGGAGAUGGAGCUGCUGCUUCAAGUUGCGGAUAUGGUGGAAGAUGCAAGAGCUCAGCAAGAUCUCAUCAAACUGGCCACUGAAAAGAACUUAGAGUUGCGGAGUUCGAAGGUGAUCGACAUGUUCAUGAAGCACAUUCUCCUUCCUGCAGACGCUCAAACGUUUGAGCAGAUUACCGGCAAGAUUAUGAAAAAGAAGCCGAAGAAGCUGGGCCUGUUCAUUGAAGUGUUCUCAAAGUACGUCGACAGCAGUGACACAACGGGCAAGUUUGAUGUGCUGGAGACGAUUGCAUCGGAGCGAAUGGACUGGCUGAAGGAAGAAAUCAGCCGACUUGACCAAGUCGACAAGACGUUCUCGUGGAAAAUGCCAUACGCAAAGGACUCGAUACAUCCACGAAUUGCGGCGUUUCUGCAAGGGCCGAAGCGGUCGAUGACUACGGAAGGCGUGGCGAAGUUUGCUGACCUCCACAAAGCGAAGGAAUUUGUCUCUUAUUACAGUUAUAGGUAUCGACGCAAGGCGUCCUUUAAAAUGGUAGCUGCCCAAGGCAACGAGCCUUUUGUGACGAUUACGAAGACGCGCGAAUGGUUUGACCAUGCCCAAAAGAAGUUGGUUCAAUACAGAGAGGAGCUGGCGCAGCCGGGAGAGCAGUUCAAAGGAACGCCGAAGAAAGCGCGUCACGAAUAUCAAAGCGGUAACGAAAGGGAGGUCCGCUUUGGGGCGCAGUGA